AUGCUGAAUACAUUUUAUACAUUACGCACACAAUUUAUAUCUCUAAUAGUUGCAGUCUGCGUAUGUGUUAAAUCUGUCUCUCUUAUACUAUACGCGCGUAUAACCUCAUUAUCUUUGCGCGUCUCCGUUUCCACAGCCGGAUUUGCGUGUCUUCGUCUCAACCGUCGGCUUUGCGCAUCUCCGUUUCGACCGUCAGUUUUGUGCGUCUCCGUCUCGACCGUCGGUUUUGUGUGUCUCCGUCUCGUGUGUCUCCGUCUCGACCGUCGAAUUUACGUGUUUCCAUCUCGACCGUGGGCAUUCCGUGUCUCUGUCUCGACCGUCGGCUUUGCGCGUCUCCGUCUCUACCGUCAGUUUUGUGCGUCCCCGUCUCGAUCGUCGGUUUUGUGUGUCUCCGUCUCGUGUGUCUGGCUUGUGUGUCUCCGUCUCGACCGUCGAAUUUACGAGUCUCCAUCUCGACCGUGGGCAUUCCGUGUCUCUGUCUCGACCGUCGGUUUUUUGCGUCUCCGUCUCGACCGUCGGCUUUGCGCGUCUCCGUCUCUACCGUCAGUUUUGUGCGUCUCCGUCUCGACCGUCGGUUUUGUGUGUCUCCGUCUCGUGUGUGUGGUUUAUGUGUCUCCGUCUCGACCGUCGAAUUUACGCGUCUCCAUCUCGACCGUCGGCAUUCCGUGUCUCUGUCUCGACCGUCGGCUUUGUGCGUCUCAGUCUCGACCGUCGGUUUUGUGCGUCUCUGUCUUGACCGUCGGCAUUGCGCAUCCCCGUCUCGACCGUCGGUUUUGCGCAUCUCUGUCUAGAGCGUCGGCUUUGUGCGACCCCGUCUCGACCGUCGACUUUGCGCGUCUCUGUCUCGGCCGUCGGAUUUGCGCGUUUCCGUCUCGACCGUCGACUUUGCGCGUCUCUAUUUAUCUUAUUAGGCUCGUGCGUCACCGAAUUUCUUAUUCUGUCCAAGCGUCAUCGUAUCUCUUAUCCUGUCAACUCGUUUCCCACCAUUUUUUCUCAUUUAUUUAUUCUUUCUUUCUUUUCAGCAAUUAA